GACCUUCUACCAUUCGUGUCUAUCAUGGAUUCAUGGCUCCAGCUGUGGCCUGUAAAUGUCUGCCGUUGUGGUUAAAUUCUGUUUGUAAACUAUAAACUCAUUAUUGCUGUUUGAUGUUGGAAAUCGCUGUUUACGAAUCGACCAGACCAUCUCUCCAGGAUCUCGGGAUACCCGUUGAUCUUUCCCAGUGAUAUUCAAGCACCUGACGCAUUCGUAUCGCUUCUCACGAUGGAGGAAGAGUACGACGAACCUUCGGACGUUGAGAUGGUACCUAUCGAUGAAGCAGAGAGAUCCAGAGCUGCUCCAAGACCAGAACCGGAGAUCCAGAUAUUGGACUCUGGAAAAUCUGUGGACACAUUCACAACUGGCAUAGAUAUAUUCAGCAAAGAGGAAAGAUCAAAACUGGAGGUGCGAGCAAAACGUUUCGGCUUGAUGGAAUCUAAAGAAUCGUCAAGUCUAGAAGAAGAUCUAUACAGCAGUAUGGGUAUUGUGAACGACAGUGAGGCUACAAAAAAUAUCAGGUUGAAUGUAAUUCAUAUGAGAGGGACUGAGGAUAUGGGCACCAAAGAUGUAUUUCAAUAUUUUCAAGAUUAUUCUCCAAUGUCGAUUGAAUGGAUCAAUGACGUAUCAUGCAAUGUAGUCUGGUUCGACAAUGUAACGGCAGCUAGAGCUAUGCUGGGAUUGUCCACACAAAUUAUAGGCAGCAUUGCAAAACACUCAAAUCGCGAUAACGAUUCUGAGAGCAGGAAAAACGACAUGGCAAAUGAGAAAAGUGAAUCUGUUGAUGCAGACAAGAAUGGAAGGAAAGAGAAUUGUAUAAAUAUUAAAGACAUUGAUUAUCCAUUACCGCCUGGUAUAUGGAGAAAAGGUGUCGAUUAUCCAAAGUCUAAAGGAAUCUACUUAAGAUUCGCCACCAGGGCAGAUAAAAAGCAAUUUAAUGCGGAAAAAAGGAGCGAGUACUACAAAAAAUAUGGAAAUCCUAAUUUUGGAGGUAUCAAAGGAAUUCUAACGGAAUCUCGUAAGCGUAUGUACAAGCAAACGAAACAAAGUAAUACACACGAAUCGUUGAUCGAAAACAACAGUCAAACAAAUGAAAUGAAAAAUCCGUGGGGCGCUUUGUCCGAAACGUGGGGCUUGAACGACGUCGUGGAGGACGAUUUUCUUCCGAAGAACGGUAUUAAGGAACAAGGACGUAGCAUAAAAGAACGAUUGGGUCUCAAAUGCCCAGAAAAGGAUACGGUACAAGCCGAGGAGUCGGGUGAGGCCAGUUCAGGUGACAGUAGCGAUAGCGACGAGGACUGGUGUAAACGGAGCAAAAUUCCCCGCAUGCGAAUGCACGCUGACGACGAGGAGGAAAAAGUGCAGAAGCGUCGGGCGAAGCUUCGAUUCCAAAUGAUUCUAAACAACUUGAAUAACAGUGGUGACUUACGAUCGAAGCUUUCGGGAAGGUCGAAAACGAAAACGCAGUAUCGCGAGCCCAUUCAAGUGGUGGUCACAAAUACGAACGCAAUGAGUUCGAAACGCAAUAAUUCCGGAAUAAUUCGGCAGCAAGGCCACCAGAUCGUAAAAGAGAUACAAUCGUUGGAAAGAGAAGAAGGAGAAUGGCAGGAAGACGAGAACAGCCAUGAAAAAGAAGACACUGAGAAACAGGGACAUAGUCAAGGAAGCCUGAUAAAUAUAGAAGAGCGAGAGGAAGGAGAAGAGGUAGAGGAGGAGGAUAACGAAGAAGAAGGCGAACACAGAGAGGAUGAAGAUGACAGUGGUGAGGAAGACAAUGAUGUGCCUGCAAAGGAGAUUCAGGGUCCUAAAGGAAGUGUGAUAAAGGUGGUCCCGCCUAAGCCACGCAUUGCCUCCACUGUAUGGGCAAGGUUAAAUCACACUAAAAGCGAAGUUAAUAACAGUUAUUUGAAAAAGAGGCCAUCGGACAGCCGCGACUUAAGGAGUACCUUGAAGAGCGGUGAUUUACGAUCACGUAUUGGAAAUCAUAGCAGAGGGCGUUCUCCAUUGAGAAUAGAAGUAAAAAAUGAUAAAUACACAAAAGAUAAUAGUGACGGAGAGUGACCAUCGUAUGAACUAAUUGUUCAAAGGCUCGAACUUGUAAAAAGGUGCGCUAAUUCUUCAUAUGUAUCAUUUUAAGACUUUCGUAACAUUUUAUAUCGGCUAUGGUGAAAUAAUUGUGUAAAUUACGUAAGCAUAUAUGUAUUCAAAUUUACAUAAUUUACGAACUAAAUGAAGUUUUUCUUUUUUCAUCACUGGAAAAAUUGCUAUUGUUUAUAUGCGUGUGUCAUAAAAAGAAAAUAUUAAUGGCUGCGUUUUGAUAUUGAUCAUUGUCGUUGAUGAAAAUAUAUGCAUAUACUUUAUAAAAUCAGCAGCGCAACAGUAUUACAUAUAUCUUCAGCACUUAGAAUGAAUAUCGAAACGCAGUUGGUAUGAAACAUUUCGUAACGUAUGUACAUUAGUGAUCGAUAGAGAUCGAGCGAUCUUUCAAUAACAAUCAUUGUUUUUAUCGUUAGACAGAUAAUGAAUGCUUCCGAUAAUAUCGCGUGUAAAUGUGACAAAGAUUAUGUACCUACAAGCAACUUGCAGAAAACUACGUACUUUCACCGAAAUGUUUGUGUAAUUAUGGAAAAAGAAAAUUUUCGAAGAGAUCUUGCGUUGCUUCGAAAUUGCGAUGUAAAUCAUGUACCUUUUGUACGAAGAUGAAAGUAUAAUUUCUUAGGCUCUUCUAAAAUCAUGUUUCUCAAGUAACGAAGUGAAAUAUUUUGUAAAGGCAAUUCUAAUAAUCCGAAAUAAUACUCGACAUUAUUGCGAAAAAAGAAAGGAAUGAAUAACGAAUAUAAUAAAGCAAUAAUCUGUA